GAAGGAUGUGAAAGUGCACAGGUUCGAACCUUCCCUCAGAACUUACAAAAAAAAAAAAUACUAGGAACAUCUAUUCCGUCAUCAUGUGUGCCUGACAGGCCUCACCUGAAGAAGACCUGCCACCUGCCACGCAUUUGCAGCGUCACUGGACCAUUCCACGGCUCAUAAGAAUCACAUUUUCUUAGCCAUUUAAAGGAGAGAGAAAGACAUUACUUAGUGAUUCUAUGGGACCAUAAUAAGAAGUCAGAGGAAGUUUAAGAAUGAGAAGCCGAUGUGUCCAGGAAAUGCCUUCACACUAUUCCUGGAGACACAACCUAGAGAGGGGAAGGGCUUGAAGAAAUACAUAUAUGAAGCAGCUUGUAAGUGGAAUAAACUGUCUCAACAAGACAAGAGAAUUUUUCAGCUUCAAGCAAAAGAGCUGGAAAAGAAAUAUAAAGAUGAAGUUUCUAAAUGGGAAAGAUGGAUGCAGCAGACUGGCCAUGGGGAUGUGGUUCAGAGACACCGUCAGCUGACAGAUGGCAAAAACUUAGCUAUUGAAAGAAGUUGGGCAGCCACGUUGGAUCAGCCUCAGGAAUCCUUGGUGACAACUGAAGAAAAUGUGUCUCUGGUAAUGAAAGAAAAAUCAAAUAUUAAGGAAACAAUAAAAGAUGAAACAGAGACAGUGAUAAAAGAUACAGUAAAGGAGGGAAAAAAUACACUGGUGAAAGAAACAGAAAAGGAAGAAAAGUUACACACAUUGAUGAAAAAGCCGACAAAGGAGGAUGAGUUACAAUCAGUGAAAGAGACAAUAAAGGAAGAAAAGUCUCGCACAUCAAUGAAAGAGACAGUGAAGGAGGAAGAGUUACACACAUCAAUGAAAGAGACAGAAAAGGAAGAAAAGUCACAAACAUCAACAAAAAAGACAGUAAAGGAGGAAGAAUUACUAUUAGAGGAUGCUAUGAUAAGACAUUUAGCUCAGUCUUCAAAUUCCAGUACCAGUAAAAAGCCUUUUAGGAGUAAACAAAAACAAAUUGUUGUAGUAAAGGAAAGAAAGUCAUAUUCAUGGUGAAGUUUAAAAAUAAUUCAGAUUUUAACAUUAGUAUUGUUAAUGAUUUGAAAGGCAACAUUGUUAUCACUGUUGCCUCUCUCUCUCUCUCUCUCUCUCUCUCUCUCUG